UAUUAUUAUUUUUUUUUUCUUUUUCAAUAUUUUAUUUUAUUAUGGAGUCAAACAUGUAUGAUCAUGACGCUUUUCUGUUUAAAAGAAGAAUCAACAAUAAUAAACGCAACACAUUUAUGAAUAGAAAUAAAUCGGCACUAAAUAAAAAGCAUAAAUCACAAACACCUUCACAACAUGAUCUUCCAGAUACUUUGCCUAUAACGCUUGACACCACAAGUAGUCUACCACCCCUUCUCAAGAAAUAUACACUUUAUAUUCACAAGUCACUUCAAUAUACCACACUAACGACAUUAGCCGAGGGACUUGGUGCGACUGUACGUACAGAGAUGAACAAAUCGAUCACACACUUGAUCAUUGAUCCAAAGGGAGAUAGUCGUCAAUUACGAAUGAUCAAUCAAGCUGUGUCAAAGGGUAUCGUUUGUGUCUCACCUAAAUGGAUCAUGAUGUGCUAUACUGACAGGACGCUUUAUCCACCUACUGAUUUCCAAUAUGAUAUUGAUGAAUCGAUCAAUGUUCUGGAUCGACCUUCUCAACCACAGACCACCAUGUAUAAUCCCUUCAAUACAACUUAUAUUGACUUUGACGAGUUGGAAAAGACAAGACCUUUAGAGGGAGGUCAGUUACGAUUAGAUGGAUUCAUAUCUAGAACACGCGAUGAUCAACACUAUGAGGAACAAGCAAAAAUUGAAUGUCUAGAAGAAGAAGAAGAAGACAAAGACGAUUAUUAUCCUACAAUAGUAGAGAAAGGAGAGCCAUCCAUAGAUAACGAUGACGAUAAAGAUGCUAUACGUGAAUUUUACUAUAAUAAUAAUAAUAAUAAUAAUAAUAAUAAUGAAGACAGUCAAGCUAAAUCAAGUGAGCCUAAACAUCAAGAAUCUGCAGAAGAAUUAGAGGCUAAAAGAAUUAGAUCAGAGCAAAGAUCGUUGCAGUUACAGAAAGUCAUUGAACAAAGGAGACUAUUAAUGAAACAAAAAGAGGAUACUGAAAGACAAGAGACACGAAAGAGACGUGUUGUGCCAAAUAUUUACAAUGAAAAGCGUGUACAUGUUUGGUAUGGUGAACACUUUGCGAAAGAUAAAAAGUAAAAUAAAUAGAUAUAUAAUGAAGCAUACUUCUUUAUUAUAUAUGUAUAUGUAUGUGUGUGUGUAUGUAUUUAAAUAA